ACGGCGAAGGACAGCAGGGUCUCUCCGCUGUUCAGCUCCUCUGCUGCUGCUUGUCUCACCACCAAGCCCGAGAGGCAUCUCAAGACAUCAACCGUAACUCCAAGAAAUCAGGAUGUCCCGGGAGCAGCAGGCGGUGGCUCGCGCCAGGAAAGCCUUUGAAACAGGCAGGUCCAAAUGUUUAGAGCAUCGGAUCCACCAGCUGAAAAACCUGCAGCGGUUAUUCACUGAGAAACAAAGCGUGAUCUCAGAUGCCAUCAAGAAAGACCUCAAUAAGAGCGAGGUGGGGACGCAGAUGUACGAGACUCUGGGUCUGGAGGGCGAAAUAGGCCUCGCCAUCAAGAAGCUGAAGGAGUGGGCUGCUCCUCGGCCCGUGGGGAAGAACUUGCUGACCAUCUCAGACACCGUCUUCAUCCAGCCGGAGCCGCUGGGGCUGGUGCUCAUCAUCGGGGCCUGGAACUACCCCUGGGCUGUCACCAUCCAGCCGCUCAUAGGAGCCAUCGCCGCGGGUAAUGCAGCUGUGAUCAAGCCAUCCGAGGUCUGUGUUCACACCGCAAAGGUCAUGGAGGAACUCCUGCCGCUUUACAUCGACAAAGAGCUUUACCCCGUCGUAACCGGAGGAGUGUCAGAGACCCAGGAGCUGCUGCGUCAGAGGUUUGAUCACAUCUUCUACACCGGCAACAGCACGGUGGGCAAAGUGAUCAUGGAGGCUGCUGCCAAACACCUGACGCCUGUCACGCUGGAGCUGGGCGGCAAGAGCCCCUGUUACAUCGACAAGAACUGUGACAUCAGCAUAGCCUGCCGACGUGUUGCCUGGGGGAAGUACACUAACUGUGGUCAGACCUGCAUCGCCCCAGACUACAUCCUGUGUGAGCCCAGCAUCCAGGACCGGGUCAUCGAGGAGGUUAAGAAGUCCAUAAAGGAGUUCUACACAGACAACCCAAAGACCUGCCCUGACUAUGGACGCAUCAUCAACCAGCGCCACUUCAAGAGGAUAAUGAACAUGUUGGAGGACAGCACCGUGGCUGCAGGAGGAGACAACGACGAAUCAGACUGCUACAUCGCCCCCACAGUUCUGCGUGACGUGAAGCCAGAGGCAAAGGUGAUGCAGGAGGAGAUAUUUGGACCUCUGCUCCCCAUCCUGUCGGUCAGCGGCCUGGAUGAAGCCAUCAAGUUUAUCAAUAAGAGAGAGAAACCUCUGGCCCUCUACGUCUUCUCAUCUGAUAACAAGGUGAUCAAGAGAAUGACGGAGGAGACCUCCAGUGGAGGACUGCUGGCAAAUGACUGUCUCGUGCACUACUCAGUCAGCUCUCUGCCUUUCGGAGGAGUGGGAAACAGUGGUAUGGGCUGCUACCACGGCAAGUUCAGCUUUGACCAGCUGAGCCACCUGCGUAGCUGUCUCAUCAAGCAGCUGAAGAUGGAGGGUGUGAACAGCAUGCGGUACCCGCCUCACACAGCCAAGAAACUGGGCUGGGCGCGCUUCUUCAUCCUGCAGAACGUAGACCUGGGCUGGAUUGGACGGAUGGCGCUCCUGGCCGUCAUGGCAAUGGUGGCUGCUGUUGUGCUGCAGAAUUAUCUCCUCUGAAGACGUCCAACUGCUUCCCAGACAACAAGUGUCUUAUUUCCUCGGCCUGUAAGACCAGAGAUUUUAUACCAGCUCAUCAACGAGUUUCUGUGUCAACCAGGUCGGCGUCUGCACAGAGCCGCUAUAAUACACCUGUAAACACCUUUAAUCUUCAAUGUGGUUAUUUAGGCCUUAAUCCGUUUUACAUUUCAUUAAUGGUGUCAGAAGUUUAUCGCAGCUCAGUGUAGCAAGCAUCUUAUUUUAAUGAGGUAAUUAUUUAUUCCCAUGUAUGGCUCUUACAUUUGUGUAGUACGCUCUACUUUAACCUGUUAGAUCAGGUUUGCAUACUUAAAAAAUACCUACAUAUUGUAACGUACAAUAUAAUGCUGUGAUCCUGCUCUGAACGAUUUUAAAUGAAGUAAGAAAAUGUGUAACACUUUACUGUGAUAUCAACGAGACUUGUAGCAUUUGCUAACAAACAAUUAGUGUUCAAUGAAGGGCUGAAACAGAUAAGGUUUGCUGCAAUUUCUGCAUAAUGAAAUGUUUUUGCCAAAUAUUAAUGUUUUUAUUUCGUUAACUUUGUGUCCUUUCCAUUUCACUGAUGGAUCAGCCAUUAACUCAACAUUCAGCCUGAAGGCACUUGAUGUUUUCAGUGUGGGUUUGUUGUUUUUUCACUGUGAGAGCAGAGACGAAGACAACAUGUCCAGUCUGUCUCUGAGGUGUCAGUGUUUGGUCCCAGACAUUUUAGUCCCCCUUUAGUUCACUACAUCCUGCUGGAAUCAAACAGGAUCAUGUAAAUGAUGCUUUUAUUGCAUUUUUAACAAAAGCACCAAAUGCCUUUAACAAAAUUAAGCAACAUCGUAUUAUUUUUGUUAACCUUGAAAUAACAGUAGUUGCUAAAGGUUUUGUUCUUUUAUCACACCAUUACAAUUUUAAGGGCUUUGUAAUGAAUAUAUGAAUAAAUAUACAUGUAUUUCUAUAUUGAAUUAUUAUUCAAAUAAAUAUAUUUCUACAUGUA